AUGCCACCAAAGAAGAAACCUAAAACUAAAGAAGAAAUAAAAGAGCAGAAACGAAUUGCGGAAAGAUUAAGAUAUCAACGGCUAAAAAAUGACCCUGUAAAAAGAGAGCAAUUGAAGGAAAAAGAACGACGAAACUACCAAAGAAAGAAGGAAAAAGGUUCACCUUCUCCUCAAAGUUCUGUCUCUCCAUCAAUACUACCUAUGACCACUCCACGAAGUAAUGCAAGUAAUGCGAGAAAGCGUAAUGCUAGAAAGAAACGUGACAAAAUUAUAAAGUAUAAAGACAAAAAGAUCGAGUAUUACAGAAAAAAAUCCGAGAAGUAUAGGAAGAGAUUAGAACGUUUGGAAAAAGCUAAGACAAAGGAAAAUGUAGACACACCUAACACUAAACUUACCAAAAUGUGUGAUUCGCCAGAAACUCGCAGAGAAGUAGUCAAAAAAGCGCUUUUCGGUGAAGUGUUGAAUGCCCAGCUGAAAGAAAACUACACUAAUUUAAAAACCUGCAAAGAAAAACAAAUAUUCGGAAAAGUCGUGUCCGGUAAACUAAUACACAAGUACAAGUUAUGGCGAAGCAAAGAUAGUUUUAUAUCUUAUAAAACAAUUCAGAAGUCAGCGCGUCAAUCAGUUUUAGUACCCAAGCUUCGGACUCGUAAAGACAAAAUUUCAUCUGAUUGCAUAAACACUGUACGAACCUUCUAUGAAAACGAUGACAACAGCAGACUUGGCGCAGGAAAACGUGAAUGCCUGACCAGAAAAGGGGUUAAAAAACAGAAAAGAUAUCUAUCGGAUAGCAUCGCAAAUUUAUACAAGAAGUUUCAAGCUGAACAUUUUAAAAUAAGCUACACAACAUUUUGUCGUCUACGUCCUUUCUGGGUCGUAACACCAAAUGUAAACGAACGUGACACGUGCCUGUGCAUAAAGCACGCGAACAUCGAUCUGAAACUGUCAUCAUUGCACAGGCGAAGAAUUUUGACUUACAAUAGUCACACUGCACUCCUUGAAAAGACAUGUUGUAAUCGCUAUGACGAGCUAUGUUUGUCACGAACCUGCCAACGCUGUAUUGACAAGAAUCCUGACUACAGGGAGUUUGAUGACAGCAAGCCCAUUGAAUUUAAAAAAUGGAUAUCUGAGAAACAAACUUACAACGACCCCAAGACCAAGAAUGCUCGAACAGUUAUCAAAUACGUAAAGAAAACGUUCACGGUUCGCCCUCGACAACUAAUAGAAGAGCUGCACGAGGAUUUGGAAGCCUAUUAUCAACACGAGAGAAACAUUACCCAUCAAUACAAUGCUAUCAAGAAAUACAAACAAAACCUUACCGACGAAGACGCUAUCAUACAUAUGGAUUUUUCAGAAAAUUAUUGUUCCAAAUACAGUCAAGAAAUACAAGCAUUUCAUUUUGGAGGGUCGAGACUUCAGCUAAGUCUUCAUACUGUGGUAGUGUAUACCAAAAACUCUAUCAAGUCUUAUUGUACCGUUUCCAAAAAUCUCACACAUUCACCAGCUGCUAUAUGGGCACAUUUGCGGCCAAUCUUUAAAACUCUCCCACCUAACAUAAAGAGCAUCCACUUCGUCAGCGAUGGACCCGUAACUCAAUACAGAAACAAAACGAUGUUUUACAUCCUGGCAUCAAGGCUUCAACAAGAGGUUUCAAAUGUGAAGAAGUUUACCUGGAACUAUUCAGAGAGUGGUCAUGGCAAAGGGGCCCCUGAUGGCGUUGGAGCGACCUGCAAGAGAACCGCUGACGCCGUCGUCGCUACAGGAGGUGAUAUUGAUAGCUUGGAAUCAUUUGUAGAUGCCAUUCAACGAAGAUGUUCCGCAAUUACCUUGUUCACAAUCGACGAUAAAGCCAUCCAAGAAUUGACAGACGACCUUCAAAAUGAAACAGUUAAUUUAAAAAGCUUUAAUGGAACUCUAAAAAUACAUCAAGUAAAGGCUGAAAUAUUAAGAAGUCCUCUGGAAUCAGCUCCAUGUGCCGCUAAACUCAUAAUGAAAAGUUUAAGUUGUACUUGUGAAGACGAUUGCCAGCAUUUCAAUUUGGGAGUGUUAGAGUACAAAAACAAGUCAAAACUUAACGUAGAUGAUAUUUACACAGACUCUGAAAGUGAAAACAUGGACAACUCACAGGAUUCCACAAUGGAGAUCGACGACGACGCUGCACUGGCUGGACCUAGUUCAAUCAACCAACAGAAUUACACCAUCGGUGAUUACGUCUUGGUUAAAUUUCUAGUAAGAAAGACUGAAUAUUGUUAUGCAGCAGUAAUCAAUAAGAUAGACACGGAAGAAGGCGAACUAACAGUAACCUUCUUAAAAAUUUGUGAUGACAAAGGACACACAUUCAGAGUCGAUGAAAAUGAUGUUUCUGAUGUGUCCUUUGACCAAGUAUUAAAGAAGUUGCCAAACCCAGAUAUUGCCCUAAAAGGGAAACGAAUAUUUUAUUAUUUUAAUACACCUGUACCUGUUUUUGAGAAAUAA